UGCUAUGACAACAAGCUUAUUCUAGCCUAACUUUUUAUCUUUUGAUCUUGAUAAAUGUAUUGAAGUACAUUAUGCUGUUUGCACGUUAGUGGCACAAUUUUUAUUUCUUUGCGGUGCUAAACAAAGUGUUUUAGAAUAUUUUUAUUAGUCUAUCAUUAGUUAGUUAAAAUUUUCUGAUUCUGUCAAAAAAUAGAACGAUCUCAACACAAUCAAUAGAAAAAGAAGAAAUGUAAUUUUUUUAUUUUUUCGUUUCAUUAGUGAAAAGUUGAAUGGUUAUUACGUGCUAUUAUCUAACUCACUUAAUCAAUCAUGAAGCUCUUAAAACCCUUGUAAUAGUGUCAAGAUUGUAAACCAAGCUCUAGAAUCAGUUGUACUUGUAAUAUAGACUGCUGUUAUAUUAUAAUAUGGACUGCCUUUUCAUGCUAAAGUACAGCAAUAUAAUCAAUAUUGUGAACAACUUUCAUUGUCACUUUAGUCUUUUGAUGUGGGACCAGUCUGUCUGGUCCCACAUCGUUCUGAUGGGUUCUAUCCUAAGAAAACUUUUUUUUAUGUAUUUAGUAAGUGUUGCAUUAAUCUGUCGUGCUGAUAAAACACUAUUCUUUCUUGAAAAUUAAUUUGUCUACGAUAAAGUUACCUCAUCACUGAAGGAAGAACUUAAUUUUUUCUUAUUUAUAUUUAAUUAUAUUUGUUAAAAUUGUAUAUAGACUAUACAAGAGAAUGUAGCUCAAAAUUUGUAGCGUACAAAAGGAUUUGCAGGUAAUUUCUUCAGAACAUUCAGUAUUAUGAAAUAUUCCUUUUAAAUACAAAACAAAGAUAAGUAAACUUUAUCUGGUGUCUCGCUUAAGGCAAUACCUUGCCAGUAUAAUAAUGAGGUUGUGAUCCACGAACAAAUGUUGCUAAUAGAAAAGUAUUACUACUAAAACUUUAGGUUAAUAGGUCCUUGUUGUUUACUGUUUCUUCUUUUUAUUGUAUUGAGUAAAAUGUUUGAAACUUGUAUUAAAAUUGUCAACUAGUCAAUGAAUUAUCUAGUCAUUGUAAUUGAGUAAAAAUUGUAAAAACUUAUAAUCUUUGAAGAAAGUAUUGUCAGUAUGUCUCAAGAUAGCAAAAAUUUUGAACCAAAAAGUCAAGAAGGAGUUUCUGAACUUCAAGCCCUUCUAAAUGCAGAAUGGACAGAACUUCAACAAAACGAAGCCAUAACGAUGAGACAAAAAAUGGGAUCACUCGAAGCCCAAGUCUCCACUUCAUUGAGGCUGGAUGACAGAAUGGAAGAGACAGGCCUAGACUCUGACAGUAUACCCAUGUUGUCGUCUCCAGCGCCUUCAAAUAUUGUAACUUAUGUCAAUCAAAAACAUAAGGUCCACUUUUGGACGGUCAAACCUGUAAAAUUGCCGAAAAAAGAGCAGCCUAUUGCCGAAGAGGAAGAGGAAGAACCUCAGUCAACUGCACCUACGAUUGACGACGAGAUUUGGCAGAUAGAUGAUUGAUGCGAGGUAAUAAAACGAGUGUUAGUCUUCAGGGGUAACUGAACAUACUAUUCUCGAUGGCCUAGUGGCAUUUCUACUUCGUUUCCAAAACGAAUUGGGUGUACUCAAUCAUAAUAAUGGCCAGUAUAAUGCAAAAAUAAACCGAAAACGUAGAAUAAAUUACGCACAUAAAAGCCUCCUGAAGAUGGAAUUGUAGUGUGUGCCUUUAAGAGCGAGGUAUUCGUUAAAAAUAAGUGAAUGUCUUGGCCUAUACUGGAGUUUUCAGUUUCGAAACAUGAAAAUUUUACUUUAAAAAAUGUAUGAAAAAAUUGGGACUUUAUAUCUUUGAAAGGUAUAAAGGCUCGUUAAAAAUAAUUUGCUUGUGCUUUUGGUAGUCGAAUUAACCGAUCGAAAAUUCAAUUAAAGGUCAAACCGCUAAGCAUAAACUAAUUUAGAAAAAAAAAUUAAAAACAAAAAAACAAGCUAGAACAAAAUACCAAAGAGAUGUUGAGUAAAAAAAUUAUGAUUAAUGCAAGCUGUGUAUCGCGCGCAAUUUACGACGUGACAAAAUUGAGUUUUGUUUGUAUAGAGUCUAAUUUUGUGUUAUGAUGCAUUCCAUUAAAAGUUAUGCAUUUAUACAAUUUGUAAUAAAAAGUUAUUAGAUUAUUAAACAA